AUGUUCGUACUCGGCGAGUGCUUCAUGAUGUUCAGUUACGCGGGGGCGUGGAGGCCGAUCGGCUGGGACGGCGAUCGCUUGAAGACGAGCCUCUACUACAUUUACACGAUUUCGGCCGCGACUCUCGUUUACUCCCUCACCGUGUCCGAGUUAGUGGGCGCGUUCUUGCUCACCGACAGUCUCGAAGCCUUCACGGACAUUUCCUUUCUGCUCGUGUCCACGGUCAGCGUGUGCUGCAAGCUGGCCAGUAUUAUUUUCAGGAGGCAAAAGAUCAUUCAGCUGGCGGAGAUGCUACUGCAAGACCAUUGUUUGCCGAGGAAUACUAUCGAAAUGAAGAUUCUUCGGAGAUUCGAUAAGACUGCCAGAUACUUGACCCUCUCCUGCUUUGUUCUCGCGGAGAUGACCGUGAGCGUGAUGUCGACGGGUCCCCUGCUAAUCAGCCGCGAAAAUCGCACUCUGCCAUUCAAAUCCUGGCUGCCGUACACGAUCGUAUCGCCGGUGACAUUUUGGCUGUCGUACGUCCACCAGACUGCUGCGAUAUUCACCUGCGCAACCAUCAACGUGGCACACGACUCCCUCAUCUGUGGAUUUAUGAUUCAAGCUUGCUCGCAACUUGAAUUGCUCAACUGGAGGCUGCUCGAAAUGCCGCAGAUGGCUAGACUAGCCGGAGGGAAUCAACUCUCCGAGGCGAAAAUCAUCGCGAAACACAUUCGGCACCACACUCACAUCUACAAGUUCGCGGAAAACGUUAACGCCAUAUUCUCGCCGACGAUAGUGAUGCAAUUCUGCAUGAGCUCCGUGGUGCUGUCGCUGAGCGUCUACCAGAUGUCGGUGAGCAUAAACGACGGCGUGCAAUUCGUCACGAUGGUGCUCUAUCUCUGCUGCAUGCUCGUGCAAUUCUUCAUGUACUGCUGGUUCGGCAACGAAGUCACUCUGAAGAGCCUAGAUUUCGGACAGUCGGUCUACGAGAUCGACUGGACGGAGCUGCGAGCGCGGACGAGCAGAGAUCUCGUGAUAAUGAUGCUUCGAGCGAAGCGGCCGAUCGUCAUGUCUUGCGGAGCUGUUAUCACGCUGUCUGUCAAGUCUUUCGUCACGAUAUUAAAAGCCUCGUACUCGGCGUUCAACGUGUUGCAGCGAUCGUCGCGACAAAUCAACGCACUAUUACCCGAGACGAUGCAGGUGCUCCCGGAAGCCUUUGCCUUGGCGAGUUGCGUGGGACUCUGGCGAUCGAGCGACAGCUCCUCCGCUUACGGCCUGUACACGUGCUUCACGGUGGCGACGAUGAGCCUGUUCCUCGCGUCGCAGCUCGUGGCCAUGCUCCUCUCGGCCGGCAGUUCCCUCGCGGACUUCGCCGACGCGACUUACAUGCUGCUGUCGACCGUGAACGCGAGCGUUAAGGGUGCCACCGUGCUGCUGGGCAGGAGGCGCGUCAGCGGCCUCGCGGAGGCGCUGCUCUCGAGCUGCUGCCUGCCGCGGAACGACGAGGAGAGGCGCAUCGCCGCGUGCUUCCGGAAAAUCGCCAGGUACAACGUCAUAAUAUGCAUCAGCCUGGCGGAAGUAACGGUGAUCGUGCUCGGAGCUUGGCCGCUGAUCCUGCCGGCCGACGAAACGGCGCUGCCGCUGCGCGCCUGGCACCCGUACAACGCGAGCGACGGACUCGGCUACUGGUGCUCGUACUUGCAUCAGGCCGCCGGGCUGAUGCUCACGGCGGCGUUCGACGUGGCCGUCGACACCCUCGCCACGGGGCUCAUGAUCCAAGCCUGCGCCCAGCUCGACAUCAUGGUUUGCCGGCUGAGAGCGAUGGCCGAGGCUUGCGCGCGAUCGCGCGACCGCGAGGCGCCGUCGAGGACCGAGAGGGCCGUGAUGAAGCAGAGCGUCGAGCAUCACCUCGUCGUCUUCAAACUCGCCGACGACAUCAACGCCACGUUCGGCCCGGUCUUCACGGUGCAAUUUUGCCUGAGCUCCGUCGUGCUCUGCAUAUCCAUAUACAAACUGACAGCCGGCGGCUCGCACGGCUCGGAGAUCUUCAUGCCGCUCUACCUCGCCAGCAUGGUCGUGGAAUUAUUUAUCUACUGCUACUUCGGCAACGAGCUCACGCUCAAGAGUAAGAGCUUAAGUAGCGUGCUAUUUGGCAUUGACUGGACGCUAUUGUCUUUGGGCUUUAGAAAAAAUUUGACAAUUAUGAUUCUUCGAUCAUCGAAACCAGUAAAAAUUGCAACUGAUAAUUUAGUACGGCUAUCAUUGGAAUCAUUUGUUAAGGCAGCUGUAAUAAAGUCCUAUUCUUAUUUAUUCAACCGAGAUAAGAUGGAUCAGUUGCUCGGCAUGUUUGCAGAGGAUUGUUGCUUGGCACGAGACGAAGUCGAGAAAAACAUCCGCAAGGCGUGCGAGGACAAAUUCAAAAAACUUGCAAAAAUAAUGUUCUUCUUCUUUGAAAUACUGGUGAUAUCAUUUAUGAUAACUCCAUUGAGCUUUGACAUAGAAUUGCGGAUUCUACCAUAUCCAGUUUACCUACCCUACAGCUUAAAAAAUCUGUGGAUUUAUUGGUUGUCAUAUGCUCACCACGUACUCACUGGUAUCUAUCUUGGACACGUUGCGAUCAUGAGUGAUCUCAUAGCCACCGGUUGUAUGUGGCAUUUGUGCGGACAACUAGAAAUAUUAAAAUAUAGAUUGCAAAAGUUACCGGACAUGAUCGUCACAACCAAUGACGUCAGCUUCGAAAGGCAAUUAAUGAAAGAGUGCGUGCGACAUCACGUUCAUCUGUACAAUAUCGCCGAUUUUAUAACCAUUGCCUUCAGCGUCUACGUCGUAUUUCAAUUCUAUUGUGAUGCUUUGGCUGUUUGCAUGAGUGUUUAUCAAUUGACCAUGAUAACUAGUGGCAUAAUUGAAAAACUUGCUUUUCUCUCUUACUUGGGGAUGAUUCUAGGCCGGUUAUUUCUUGUAACUUAUUUUGGAAACGAAGUAUAUUUGAAGAGUGAAAGUUUGACCGAUGCGAUAUUCGAAAUCGACUGGACACCACUUUCUACCGAGGUAAAGAAGAGCCUGUUAAUGAUGAUUCAAAGAUCAUCGAAGCCCAUUGUAGUCUCGAGCAGAUUUUUUGUACAACUCACGCUGGAAACCUUUAUUAAGGUUGUCAAGGUUUCGUACUCGGGAUACAAUUUGCUCACGUCCUCCGUACAUCAUGAAUAAAUUUUAUAUAUGUUAGUAAAUUAUAUUUUUUUCACUCGGGUUAUGCAGACAUACGGAUGAAAUGGCAAAUGAAAUGGAAUAAUAUUUUUAUAGUUAAUGGUACACUUAGUCGUUCAAUAUAACUAUCAGUAAAUUUAAGAGAUGUCGACGAGU